UCUUCAUUUUGGCAUGGGAGAGGGAGCGAGAAAGCAGCCAGAGGAAGGGAGCCUUCCUUCCUCCAUUUCCAGCCGUCCAAAGAACACCAUGGGAAGCUGUACCAACUUCGGAAGGGCUGAGAGGAGGAGCUGGGUUGGGCAUCUGGGAGAGGGAAGUUCUUGCAGCCAGAUCUCAAGAGAAAGGGGAGAGGUACUGAAUUUGCUAAGAGAUCUGGAGCUGUAUGACUGGAGGAGAUGGAUCACAAAUAUUACAAAGGAAGUCUUCAAGAGAUGUUGUCGAGGAGAUCCCUUGGAGCAAGAGCUGGAGGUUGCUGAUAUUACAGAAUAGUCUUCUUAGAGUUUCCUGAUUGAACACUUGUAGUGUUUAAUCCUUUCAACUGUUUAAGUUUAAAUUUUUACUUCUUUCAUUUCUGGAUGACUGUAAUUUCACAUUUAAUUACACGCCAUACUCCGACUGUUCUCUAUAUUUGGAUGUACGUCUUUAUUAUAUAAUAUUGGUCAUUAUAUA